UCUCGACCGCUCCUAAUAACUUGAAACAAACAGCGGCGGCCAUCAUUCAAGCGAGGAGGUCUCCAGGGAAGAAACCACGAUGUGGAUCCAAGCAGCGGUGAUUACAGUUCUCUGCUGCGCGGGGCUGUGCGUGGCGGACUACCCGUGCGCCAAGAAGGCGGAGAAGUACGGCGUGGUGUGCGUGUGCAACGCCACGUACUGCGACUACGUGCACCAGACGACGGCGGCCGAGCUGGCCAACAAGGUGGUGCGCUACUAUGUGUCGUCCAACGCCGGCGACCGCAUGACGCUCAAGCUCACCAAGGCGGCGAGGCAGGCCUCCCGGGCCAGCGCCUCCACCAUCAUCGUGGACGAGUCAAAGAAGUACCAGACCAUGCUGGGUUUCGGCGGUACGACCACCGACUCUGCAGCGCUCAACGUCAAGUCCCUCAGCUCCAAGACCGAGGAGAUGCUGCUCAAGCAGUACUUCUCCGCGGCCGGCAUAGGCUACACCUUCGUGCGCGUGCCAGUGGGUGGCACCGACCAGUCGUCCAGGAAGUACGCGCUCAUGAGCGACCACGUGGGCGACACGCAGCUCACGCACUUCGACCUGGCGCCCGAGGACUACAAGUACAAGAUCCCCGUUCUCAAGGCCGCCCUCGCCUUGAAGAAAGACCUGAAGCUCUUCGCGGCUCCCUGGUCGGCCCCUGAUUGGAUGAAGCACAUCGACACCAAGACGGACGCCAGCUAUCUGCUGCCUCAGUACUACGAGCCGUGGGCGAAGAUAUACACCAAGUUCUUCCAGUACUACAAGAAGUCGGGCAUCAGCUUCUGGGGCUACACGCCGCAGAACGAGCCCACGCACGGCCUCACCAAUGGCGGCUUCAACAGCAUGGGCUGGCAGGCGGAGAAGCUGCUGGACUGGACCCUGUCCCACCUGGUGCCCAACCUCCGGUCCGCCGGCUUCGGCGGGAUGGAGCUCAUGGUGCUGGACGACCAGCGCUCCUGGGUGCCGUCCUGGACCAAAGUCUUCUUCAGCAACUCCACCAUGAGGAACCUGGCCAAGGGGACGGCGGUCCACUGGUACUCUGACACCACCACCAGGGCCACUGUCCUGACGCAGGCGCACGACGCCUACCCGGACAAGUUCCUGCUCUACACCGAGGCCUGCAGCGGCAGUUACGCCAAAGGAGACAUUCUGCUUGGAUCUUGGGACAGAGCGGCUCUAUACGCGACAGACAUUAUUGAUAACAUCAACCACUGGGUGACCGGCUGGGUGGAGUGGAACAUCGCCGUCAACUUCGACGGCGGCCCGGCGUGGUACGGCAACUCGGCCGACUCUUCCAUCGUGGUGGACGCCUCAAAAGACGUGUUCUACAAGCAGCCCAUGUUCUACGUGAUGGCCGCCUUCUCCAAGUUCGUGCGGCCGGGCGCCGUGCACGUGGGGUCCGAGGUCAAGGGCGACACGGCGAACCUCGAGGUCUGCGCCUUCGUCAACACGGACGGCGUCAAGGUGGUCAUGGUGCACAGCAAGAGCAACGCUGCAGAAACUGUUACCAUCACCGACCGGAACUUCGGCCACAUUAACAUCAACAUUCCAGCCAAAAGUCUUACAACAGUUCUGUAUAAAUAAACAAAACACUUAGAGAAUAUUGCAUUUACAAUGUAACGUUCUAUGUAUUUUAAACAAGUCUUGAUGAAAGAGUUAUUUCAGUACGAAGUUGAAAUGUACGCAGAUGCUUAAGAGUGCGAAUAAAUUGCAUAGCAACAGUU